AUGAUGACAGCAUUGUCGAAGCCAUUUGGGCCGAAGUGGUUGGCUGCGCCAGAUAGCUCCAGGACCUGCUCCUUCAUGGCUUUAGAGCAAGAGUCCGGCAGGUUGCUCCAGCUGGAGGUCGAGGGGGCAGAUCCCGAGGCAGCCCAGCAGGUGGUGGAUCCACCCUCGCGAUUAAGGAGCACAUAUGUCAAGGUCUUCUGUGGGGCUAUUUUGGCAGCUGGCUUGAUGGUCUUGAUGUGGCAGCCGCAUCGCACAAGCCCCCGGGCUUCCAUCGAGGAUGUCGAGGAUCUCGCACAAGAGGCACCCAAGCCGUGCCUGUGCAUCUUCGAUAUCGACAGAACACUCACAAUGAGGACAUCGCUGUCAUGGUGGACGUCGUUGUUUCUUUGCCUUGCCUCGUCCAAAGGCUGCCAUUUAGCCUUUGAUGAGAGAACGGGCGAGACAGGCCAUUCUUUCUUGGCGCGGUGCGCACUCGCUGCACGCUCUGCAGCGGAGGCUGUCGGGACGGGCAGAGAGCUUCCGUUGGACGUGCCGGAAUUGCGGGGCUGCCUUGACACCUCUAGCCAGCUUCAGGAUGAGGCGCUCAGGGAAGGACAGCGCAGCUUGUGUCCGGAGGGCUGCGUGGUGGUCCUCUUACUGGAGGCCUUGGCAUUCCCGGCGCAGCAUCUUAAUGUGCGCCACUGCUCCUUAUCACUUAUGUUCUAUUUCCGGGCCAGCAUGUACUUUAAGGAUUUCGAGCCGCACUGGACGCUGGACUUGCGGGACAACCUCGCCCCACUGGUGAAUGUGCGACGAGGCCAGUGUGCCAGCGCUCGUGAGCGCGAGCUACAGGGCCGAAGUGUGCCGCAGCCACAGCCCACUCCGGUACAGACAUCGCGCCGUGGCCACGGCAGCCUUCCCCGUGAGGAACAGGCGGCAGUGCUCAUCGCAGCGACGCCGGCGAUGCUCAAGAGGUAUCAGCCCUUCAUCAACUUAUGGAGAUGCUAUGCGCUGCGCCACGGGCAUGCUUUUCUCCUCGAGACGGACGAAGGCGAAGCACCGGCGCCCAAUUGGCUGCGCUGGUACGCUGCAAGGAGGUACUUGCCUCUCUACGCCGCGCUCCUGCUAGUAGAUCCUGACCAGAUCAUCGUGGCACCGUGCUGGGAAUUGUCAAUCAUCGAGUUGGCGGGCACUUGGCCAGAACGAGAUGCGAGUCGGCCACUUCCUGACGUCGGUUUGCGCGAUUUCGGGCGUCCGCAGACCCUGAACAAUGGAGUGGUUCUACUGCGUAACUCUGUCCGUGGGCAUUUCUUCCUGGAGCUUCUUCUUGAGAAGGCCCUUUGGUUCCAGACCAUCGAGCGUGACCAGGGUCCCUUCGAUGAGACCGUCCUGGAAGUAUUGGGAAUGGAGGCUCGAAUGCAGCGUGGCGCUACCUAUGAUUCUGAGUGUGCACAGUACCUCUUCCCCAACCAUCAGGGGAACCACGAGGUCUCGCUGUAUGCACUGUGUUGGUGGCGGAUCAGUGAGGAACUGGCCGGCCCCUUUGGCGACCGCAAUUCAAGCAUCAUCAGAUUCGUCGAUCCGCGCCUUGCUGACAUCAACCAUGUUGUUGGCGCCAGAGGAUUGUCCGAUCCGGCACUCCUCUAUCACUUCGCGGGCCGCUCCAAGGACUGGGAGGCCAUGCUGAAGACUUUUGGCCUCGAUGCCGAGCGAACGCGUGCUUGCCAAGAGGUUUUCAACUAUGUCGACAACAGGAGCUCCAUGGAAGACUGUGUUCCUGGUGGACCAGUUGUGCAAGAGCAAGAUGCUGCGGAACGUUGUCCCGUUGCAUCGGAGGCUCAGAAGAAAGCAAGUGGCAAGCUGAUUAUGGACUAUGCUUAUGGCGGGGGGCCGCUUCUCCUUUCGGAGGUUGCUCAGCACCUGGACCAGACCUUCUGCAGCCGAGACAAGUGCCACAUGGGUGGCUUUUCUGCACGAGCACAGCAGAGCUGGGUGCAGGGGACUGGAAGACAUACUGUGAAUGCACCCUCUGUUGUACAUGUACAGGAAGCCAUGGCCAUGACAUGCAUGUGUUAA